AUGGCCACCGGUGAACCUCCAGGGACAGCGGCGUUCGUAUUUCAGUGUUCAAUCAUGACAUCUAAAAAUUCGACUUCACCAUCGGUGGGAUCAACCGCCAUCGGUUCUCAUUUGAAAAAGAUUGUAAUGAGGAUUCUUUCUUUAACUAGUAGCUCAUCGGGUUGUGAAAGAAAUUGGAGCACGACUUUGGAAGUGCUUUUAGCAAAUGAUUCUCACUCGGCUCAAGAAUGGAUUAUAGAUGGAGAUGACGGUGAUGGAGAUGAAGUUGACCCCGAAUCAGUUAUGGAAGCGAUUGAUGAAGCUCUCGCGACUAAUGAUAAUCAAGUACCCCGUAAAAGUUCAACAACAAGAGAACUUUAUGAUGAAGAUUUCGAAUCCGAGAAUGAGGAGCAAGUGUUUGAAGAAGAUGAAUAUGAGUCAGAUGGAGUUAAAAUAGUGGAAGAACUUGAAGAUUAG